AUGGCCGAACUGAAGCGUAGUGAAUCGGAAUGCCAAGAGCUGCUGGCACUGUAUGUGUCGUUGCACCGCCCUGAUCCGUCCAAGUUGCUGUCGAUCGAAAGCGAGUUGGAGGAGUCUCAUCCCGCCUUGGUUGCGGUAAAAGAAGCUAGUAGUACGAGUAGUAGUGAUAGUGCUGGUGGAGCUUCAGUUGUAAAGGAAGAAGAGGUGCUGAAGGCACUCGAGUCGAUCGACUUGAGACUAAAAGAUUUAGAGCCUCGCAUGCAAAAGAUGGGAAAGCGACUGGAAGAAAAAGAUCCAAUUUCGGGAGCUCCACGCUAUGGCGCCAAGACAGCCGAGAGAGUGCGUCAUCUCCUCGCGCUGUUUCAGGCAUUGCAAAAAGUGGUUGGGUAUGCCUUUGGUUUGUCGGAAGAAGAGAGCUUAUCAGAUGGGACGAAUAGUGAUGAUUGUGUGGUGGCGAGACUACGAGAAACAGUGGCAGCUCAGAAAGCCCAAGAGGCAGCGCAAGGCCAACAGCAAGAAAAGCUGAAAGAAGCCGAAGAAAGACGGAAACUAGAAGAAGAAGAGAGACAAAGACAGCAAGAAGAACAAAAGCGAUUGCAAGCCGAACAAGAACGAAAGCGACAAGAAGAGGAAAUUGCGCAGAGAGCCGAGGCAUCACGCCUUGCCGCUCGUCAAGCUCAAGAAGCGGCUGCACAAGCCGAACGAGAUUGGAUCAAUUCCAUUCCCAAAGGACCCGAAGGAGUUCGAACACAAAUGAAAAUAAUCAAACAGAGCACGCAAGAUGAUCCACAAGCCAAAACCACCGCCUUGCAGGCACUCCUUACCAUCUUUACACAAAUUGCUCAAAAACCAGAAGAAAUCAACUUUCGAAGAAUUAGACGAGAUCAUCCCAAAUUUCAUCAAGAUAUUGGAAGACACAAGGGAGGACGAGAAUUACUCAUUGCUGCAGGAUUCAAACUACAAACUUUGGAUGAUAUUCCCUGCUUCUUCUCCAAAGAACCAGAUCUAGAAACCGACAUGGAUGGAUGGUCUCUAUGGUUUGACAAUCUCAAGGCAAAUCUGCAAGUUGUACAGGAGGAAAUCGAAUGA